CUUGGCCGUCUCUGAUACGGUCAUUUCCGGGGGUUGGGCUUCGAACGGUCGCAAUCGGAGUUUCGGCUCCGGCGAAUUCGGGAAACGGGCCCGCGGUGAGCAGCUGCCGCCCGAGGAAAGCGCCAUGGCGGGCGGGGAAGCUUCCCCAGCAGCGGGGCCUGAAAUGGAGGCCGGCGGUGGCGGCGAGGGACAAGUGCGGGAAGCCGGGGAGGCCGGCCUCGACUGGGUGGAGGCCCUGCGGGGCGACUGCGAGCCGGAGCACCACUGGACCUACCGCCGCGAGUUCCUGGUUCGCAACGCCGAGGCCGUUUCGUUCUCGCCGGACGGAGAAGACGGCGGCCGGAGCCCGGAAAUGAGGCGCCUCACCGCCUUCUCUAUGGCGUGGGCCAACCACGUCUUCCUGGGAUGCCGGUAUCCUUCACAGGUGAUGGAAAAAGUGCUGGACAUGGCUGCAGGCAUCACAGUCACCAAUGCUCCAACCCACACUCUGAGAGACGAACUGGUUGCCAAGGUGAAACGAGGCAUAUCAAGUAGCAAUGAAGGGCUAGAAGAGCCUAGCAAGAAACGAGCUGUGGGUGCAGACAAAGCUUCUGAAGACACAAAAAGUGAUGCAAAGUCUACCCAGGCAGACGUGCCAAUGGAAACAGGCACUGAGCUUAUGAAGAACGUAGAAAAAGAGGUGGCAAAAGAUCCAGAGAAGAUAUCAUCUGCCAUGGCUCAGAAGGUGGCAGCUUCAGCAUCGCCAGCUGUGGCUCAGAAGGUGGAGGCUUCUGUGUCACCAGCCAUGGCUCAGAAGGUGGCAGCUUCGGCAUCGUCAGCUGUAGCUCAGAAGUUGGUGGCUUCAGCAUUGCCGACUGUGGCUCCGAAGACAGUGGCUUCAACAUCACCAGCCGUGGCUCAAAAGGUGGCACCUUCUGUUGGAGUAAAAGUAGAACCCAGGGUUGCUAAUUAUGAACCCACAACAGUCACUAGGCACAAAUCAGUUCUGGCUUCUUCGAUAUCUGGCCCUGAAUCAAAGAUAAAUUACUGCUUGACCAAACCUUCAGAAUCCAAAUCUGAAAAUGUGUUACCAUCUGAAAAGAAAGACGAUUUGGAAAAUGCUGCAGUGUUCGCUUCGAAAAGCAGUUCACAUGCAAGUGCAGUUCCUGCCAAAGUUCCCCUGAAAUUGUUAACAAGCGAAGAUGCAAAAGAGAGGCAGCCAUUCUUCAAUAGACUAUACAAGGCCGUUGCUUGGAAGCUGGUUGCUGCCGGAGGCUUUAGUCCCACUAUCAAUCAUGUAGAACUUCUAAACUCAUCUAUUCAGUCUGUAAAGGCAACAUUAGAUGUUGAUUUUGUUCCACUGAAAGAGCUUGCAGAUUUACCUCAGAACAAAAGCUCUCAGGAUAGUGUGGUCUGUGAACUGAGAUGCAAAUCUGUAUAUUUGGGUACUGGUUGGGGGAAAAGUAAAGAAAAUGCCAAAGCCGUAGCUUCAAGGGAGGCAUUGAAGCUGUUCCUCAAGAAGAACGUUGUUGUGAAAUUAUGUAAAAGAAAGUACAAAGGAAAAGAAGUUGAAGAUUUGGUGCUUCUUGACGAAGAAUCAAAACAAUUAAAUUUACCUCCAGCUUUAAGAAAUCCUCAAGAAAUAGUAUAAAAGAAUGGAGCAGCUGCUGUUUAUACUAGCAAAUAAUGUUGUAUUACAAAAACUGAAUUACUUUUGUAUACUGAAGUAGACACCCAGUUACUCUGAAUUUCUUCUCAGUUUUUCAGGACAAAUGUCAUUCCUGUUAUAUUCACUCAGUAGCAAAUAUAAACGAUUUGAUAUAGAUGUAAAGUGUGCAAAGGUAUGCCUUAACAUAUAUAGCACACUAGUGUGCAUUUUUGUUUGUUUAAAAAAAUCUUCUGAACUCUUCUGUUUUAAUGAAACAAGUUAUAGUUUGCUGUACACAGUGGUCUAAUUUUGUAAUGCCAGUGAUUUGGUAGCAGUAAUGUUCACUUCAGAACACGUAUUCUUUUUACUGGAAAGGAAUAUGUGUACAAGAACCUUUGUACCCAGAUGACGGAAAGUUAUCUAAAAAUUACUAACUUUUAUUCACAUGCUUCAAGUGUUACUUACAAUGUUUAUACGCUUAAAAAGAAAAUAGUUGAUGCAGAUUAUUUUAUUGAAGUAGCAAUAUUUUAAAUCUGGAUUUUCAAGUGUUGGUCCUGUUUUAAUCUUGUGAAUUGUCAGUAAAUAGCCGUCAGGGUUACUUAUCACUAAACUUCAUUAACCAGAUACAAUUUAUAUUUUGUGAGAAAAGCUACUUUCACUUUUUCCAAAUAAAUACAGCUUUCUAUAGUAAGGUUAUUUUACAUCUACUAUAAUUGGGAUGUGGGAUUUCAUUAAGCAUUUUCAAAUAACAGGUCAUUUUUAUAACUACAAAAAGUUAUUAAACAUUAUCAUUAACUUGCAACUUCUAAGAAUAAUAUGAAGUCCUGAUUCUACCUGUAUAGAAUUAUGAUUUUGGAAUGUCGGUAUGUAAACAGAUUUUCUAAUUAGGUUUUUUAUAUCUAUUCUCAGGAGGUAAAAGUUGCUAUGCUGAGCAUAAAGUGCGGCAGUGCCGUAAUACCCUAAUUUUUUUAUGUGUACAGACAUUUUUACAGUUAUCUUCUGUGUUGAGAAAUGCUUCUAGCAAUGGAAAAUCUCUCUUACAUCGAUAAAAUAUUCCUAAACUUGCUGGAAGUUGGGUAGGGGUAUGUUUCAAAAGGCAGUACGGUAAAUAAAGAUGACACACAUUGAAUUAUGUUAAGGCAUAUUUCCAUGAGUUGAAGCUAAAUACCACUUUUUUGUGCACCGGCCCUUGGGGAAUCAAGUAAUUCAUAAAACCUAUAAACGGAUUGUCAGUUAAUUUCCAUGUGGGUUGAUAUUUAUGAUCCCCUCUUUAGCAGUGAUUCAGUUUGCUUAAUUGAAAGUAGCUUGUAGUGAGAGCUACUCCUUGGCAGGGAUGGGAUGCAUCUGUACAAGCAUUAUCUUUUGCAUGUAUCUAAAGUGGGUCUCUGGAUGAUAGCUAUAGUUGAGUUCUGUAUUAUUUGAAUAAAUACUAAAACUAUAUUUUGAA